AUGAUAACAUGAGUUUCACAAUAAAUAGUUUCAGGAGAUAUAUAUGACGGAGUUGACCGAUAAUCUUAUUACUUUAUUUAAAGAUCGGAACUUUUUCCGAACAUGAAUCAAUAAACACAAACUAGUCAAGCCAAAAAUUGUUUUCUAUUAGGGAAUUGUCAGAGACAACACUAGAGCUACGGUGGAGCAUUCAUGAGAAGGUCUGAUUCGGCGUUCCAAUACGAUGUUUUGUCGGACAGGGUAGCAAAUUGAAUGAAACAUUACGGAGAUUUAAUAUAAGAUUAUGGAUAGAUUCGCGGAGUUAUACUUGUGCGACUCGGGAUGAUUUAUUGUUCCAAGAGAUACGGUUUUAUAUUCAGACUGACGGAUAUUUUGACUGACAUGUUGCCCUGAACAACAAGUAAAAGAAAUUGGUAUCAUAGGAACAUCCUUGUAAUGUGCACACAGCGAAACAACCGUGUUUUGUUAAGGUUUUUAUAAAGGAAAUUUGUGGAUUGCUAUCUAUGUCAGUGGAAAUAUAAUAUCAAUAUCAAUGAAACAAUAAAGUGGAGUUUGAGUCCAUUUAGUAAAGAAAUGCUUUAGAAAAAAUAUAGAGUAAUACUGAAAUCGGUUUGAGUCAUAGAAUGGUUGGCAAUUAACAAAUGAACGAUUUGGAAUUACAUAAGAAAAUAUACUUGUAAAUAAAGGUUUGUUUAAGAAUAAAUAAAAUUAUAACUCAUGGUGGACUAAUAGACGAAUAUUCUUUAUAGUGAUUGAGUGUGUUUCUUUGGCUUUAGUGGUAAAUGCGAACUACAAGCUGAACAUGGGUUUAAGCUUAGUAACUUUCCUAUUGCUGUUGUUGCUAAGCAGUAACGCGCAGGUGAACGUUAACGCGCCGGAGAAAUGUGUGUUCCAGUACGACAUGAGUAACCGCGUGAAGAUCACGUGCGGACACGGGGCGGUUCUUCACAUAGUGGACCAGCAUGGCAACACGCUUCUAACGGGGGAAACGACCAGCCCCGCGGACACCCCCGUCAUAUUCCAACUCAACAGGUCCAGUAUUUCCUCCCUGAACGAUGAGGCUGCACGGGCUACUAAGAAACUGAACGAGGCGAGCAAGCUUCUGAGAAAGGUUCGCGAGGACCUUUCCCUGCAGAUAACAAACCUGAUCAAUCUGACAAGUCUUCUGCAGCGAGGGGACGAAGAGCUGAAGAAUGACUUUAACACCAUUCGACGGCAUGAGAUAAAUUCCCAGCUUGUCAGAGAGGCCAUUAUUGCAGCCCUACAGAACCAAUACAAUUUCCUCCGUAUGGGCCUACUCUCCCAGAAUACGCAUUUAAACGAACUGAUUCGGACCACCUCGCGCCUCACAACCGCUAUCAUGAAUACUGCACGUGGGGCACGUGGUAUUGGUGACGUCCUUGACCUCAGGGCUGACGUCAUGAAUCAGACUCUCUAUAACAUCACCAAAUUGAUGCCCGGGGGAUUCGAGCAUGGUGCCUUCUUUGGUGAAAAGACAGUUUUCUGUCCGCAACAACUCCGCAAGAUUAGCGACAAGGGCAUGAGUGUUGUGUGUGGUGUGGACGAGGGCCAGAUCAUGGUCGACCCCUACACGCCAGAAAAGAUCUGGGUCAUGUACAGCUUCACAAACAUCAACGAAAUAUCACAAUACACUUCAAUUAGAAGUUUGAAGUUCGAGCUGGUGGACAAAACGAUCUCGUUACCUUUCUCUUGCGUGGGUACGGGUCACGUGGUUUUUAAGCAUGCACUGUAUUGCCAGAAAAUGUUCACCAAUAAAAUAGUAAAGUACAGUCUCGCAGAGGCUCGCUUUCUAGGGGAGAGGCAGCUUGAACAUGUCGGUGUACAUGACACAUUUCCUUACCAAUCGGGCAAAAACAGUGACAUCGAUUUUGCCAUUGACGAAACAGGUUUAUGGGUAAUUUAUGCAACAAACUCAUCAAACGGUUGUAUUGUUAUUAGUAAACUUAAUGAAGAUUUGUCGUUUGAGGACACGUGGGUAACUGAGAUAACAAAGAAACACGUGGGUAAUGCGUUCAUUAUAUGUGGCAUUUUGUACGCUACUAACGCAUACGACGAAGUUCCUACGUUCAUCAAAUACACGUUUGACACACGCACAGCCAGAGGGAAGGUUUUAGAACCGGGGGUAUUACCAUUCAGGAAUUCAGUGAGUGGAGAUUAUGCAAAAGUGUAUGCACUUGACUACAACCCUUCCGAUAAAGCCUUGUAUUCUUGGAACAACGGUCGAGUGGAAAUAUUUCCCGUGUCGUUUGUAGAUGAUUCUGAUCCAUAGACUGAUGUGAAAUGUCGUUAUAUGCAAUCAUAUACGUGAAGUCAUUGUUUUGAAACGUGCUGCGGAGCCUUAAACACUUUAUAGUCGAUAAUAUGGCAUGUAUCAAACAAGUGCAUGCCAAUGAAUGGAUGUACAUAUCAAAAUACUAACUGUAUAGUGUAAGAUUUAUAUAUCAAAUGUUAAAUUUAUUCUACACUAUUUCAGUAAGAUUAUAGUCACUUAAAUCAGUACAAAAAUGUAAAUACGAGUGUAUAUCACAAAAAUUGAACAUUUCGAUAUUGUUACUUAAUAGUGAUUCAUUAAUUGUUUUAUUUAAUCACUGUUUUGGUUUUCAUAGACGUCUAUGCUGUUAUGCAAAUUCGAAAUGUUUGUUGCUGUCAAUGUUAAGUAUAAUUUGCUAUUACAUGUAUGCCUGUGUACGAAACCCAUCGAAUAUAAUAAAAUAAAUGAAGAAGAAGAAGAAGAAUGUUUUAGGGCUU